AUGCGUAUAUAUAUAUAUUGUUGAUUUCACUCAUUCAUCACUCAGUUCAGUUUAGUGGUUCAAAAGUUUCAGUUCUAUUCUUAGCGCAAAUCAGUUCAUAUAUAUCUUCAAAAUGAUUAGCACUUUAAAAACAGUUCUUAUUGCUGCUUCCAUUUUGGCCUGUUCAAUGACAUCAUCUGCUGCUCCGGCCGCUGCAUUAGUUCCUGCUGUUGCUCCAGUAGCUGUAGCAGCACCUUAUGCUAGUUCAUUUACGUCUCACAGUGUCGCUCAUUCUGUUGCCACACCAGUUGUUCCAGCAACAGCACCAUACUAUGCAGCACCCGCCGCUUAUGCUGCUGCACCUGCUGCUUAUGCCGCUGCUCCAGCAUAUGCUCCAGCUGCCUAUACCGCUGCACCAGCUACACCAUACUUCGCUCCAUAUGCAGCAUUUCCUACUUUCUUUUAAUUGAAAAUAUGAUUUGAAAAUAUGAAUUGAAAAUAAUGGCAGAAUUUGUUUAUAAAGACAAACAAUACAAAGAAAAAUGUGUUCUUAAAUAAUUUGUAAAAUAUAUUAUACGUUAUUAUUAAAUUAUAUGACAGUUUAUUUGUAAAUUAUAAAAUAACAAAAUGUUCAUUACACAAAUGAUAAAUAAAUAAAUAAAUAUUAAAAACUA